UGAUCAGCUGUGUCCAAUCACAGCUGAUCGCAUGUAAAUAGGGAAAUGCCGGUUAUUGGCAUUUCUCUCCUCACGAGCUAGGGGACAUGUACACUGAUCAUCAGGGCACUGAUGAUCAGUGUGCCCUAAUGAUCUGUGUAGCCCCAGCAGUGCCACCUGUCAGUUUCCCUCAGUGCCAGCUGUCAGUGGUCAUCCAUGCCACCUGCCAGUGCCCAUCAGUGCCACAUCAAUGCCACAUUUCAGUGCCUACCAGUGCACAUCAAUGCCACAUAUCAGUGCCCAUCUGAGCUGCCUUUCAGUGUCACCCAUCAGUGCCACCUAUCAAUGCCAGUCAGUGCUCCCUAUCAGUGCCGCCAGUCAGUGCCGCCUAUCAGUGCCAGUCAGUGCCAUAUAUGAGUGCUGCCAUUCAGUGCCCAUCAAUGAUGCCUGUCAAUGCCCAUCAGUGCCACCUACCAGUGCCUCCUCAGCA